AAAUGGGAAGAUCACCGUGUUGUGAUGAGAUUGGUUUGAAGAAAGGCCCUUGGACUCCCGAAGAAGAUCAAAAGCUUGUUAACUUCAUUCAAGAGCAUGGUCACAGGAGCUGGAGAGCUCUUCCAAAACUUGCAGGGCCGAACAGAUGCGGGAAAAGUUGCAGGCUACGAUGGACGAAUUACUUGAGGCCUGACAUAAAGAGAGGGAAACUUUCUGAAGAAGAACAGCAAACAAUUCUGGAUCUCCAUGCUAUCCUGGGAAACAAAUGGUCAGCAAUUGCAAGCCAGCUACCAGGACGGACAGAUAACGAGAUCAAGAAUUUCUGGAACACCCAUCUAAAGAAGAAGCCGAUACAAAUGGGUUAUGAUCCGAUGACACACCAACCUCGAACCGAUCUUUUCUCAAGUUUGCCUCGUCUCGUAGCAUGGGCUAAUCUCAAAGGACUUCUGGACCAUCAACCAUGGAAACAGAGUGCUGCUUUGAAACUGCAAGAAGAGGCUGUUCAAUUGAUCAGACAUCAAGGCUUACAACAUAUCUUGAAGCCUAAGCGGCCUCGACCUUCUGCAACUGAAGGCAACUUAAACCGUGACUCCACGAACUCGGAUUCCAUCAAUAUUAGUCUUCUGAAGUCCCUGGAUCUGACGAAUAACAACAACACUGUUUUAAGUUCAACCCACUUGGAAGACAAUAAUGUAAACAAUCCAUCUCCAGUCGGGGUCAGUAAUCUCCAAUUCGGCUAUGACUCGUUCUCUAACAUACCAGAGUUGAAAUCGCCUCGUUGCCAUCGCCAACCACCGUCGUUAAGUCAGGGAGCAAGUUCUCCCGAUUCAGCGUGGCUUCUUUCAUGCUCAAGCAGUAUUCCAUCUCCUUCCACUGCGCCAGAAAUUUCAAUGACAAAUACUGUUAUUUAUGGAGAGAUUGGUCCUUCCAUGUGGCCCGACCUCCUGCUGGAGGACCCUUUGUUCCAUGAGAUUUCCUAGUGCCUAGUAUCGCAUUAGUGUAAAAUGAAUAGUACGUAUAUUUAGCUACAAUCUAGUCCUUGUUCCAUAACAUUUAAUUAUUACCGGUUAUUCCUGUGGAGAUCUUGCGGAUAUAAACAGUGUUUGUCGUAUAUGAAUGUGCUUGCUUUGUCGCUUGAAGGUGUAAAAUGUAAACUGUGCUACCACCAAAGCCCUCUUCAAAAUAAUUAGCAAAAAAGUUGUCUAGCGGCCAUCAGUUUUCAAUGAGUACAACGCUUAUAAA